UUACUUGUUAAUCUCGGUCAUUUGGAACUUCAUCGAUGUGGCCUUGUGUUAAAAAUUUCGAAUAUUUUUCUAGAGCCUACGAUUCUUCAUUAUUUUCGUAGGUGUCAACAGUAAACAUCUCGACUCGUAUCAUUUAUUAUCGGGAAUUCUGUAACGUCCCCUAUACGGUCCACUGCUACACGAGGGCUUCCACUAAGUAGAAUAUGGAAGACGACCAUGCUGACUUAAUGCGUGUUGGAGACUUCUCACGUUCUUCGACAUGCAGGUUUUUAUCGUACAGUCUUCGCAGAGUACGAGAUGCUUUCAAAGAAAACAAGGGCCUAACGGACCAGAAGCACAUAAAGAAGGAAAUAGAAUUUGCUAAACAAAGUUUUGGAGUUAUUCAACGACAGGCAGCCAUUGGCGACAUGUACAAGACGGAGAAGCUCGUCAUAGAGAAUAUGCGAUAAAAUUGUUACUUCUCUGUGAAUUGACCAAAUAUGUGUAUAUAUAUACCGCCACGCCCAUCUCCCACUGCGGUAGAGGCUAUACCCGCCGCGCUUCUGACUUGUAUACAUCAUUUGCAUCCUCUUCUUGUACACUUCAUUCGCAUCGUCUUCAAUCUUCAUACGUACACACACACACACACACCUUUACACAUUUAGGGUCAUAAUAAAAGCGAGAAAAUAAAAUAGCAAUAGUCAUAAAUAACAAUUAAAUUAACAUCGACUUAGUACAGUUUUACUAAACUUUUAUUGAAAUUCAAAUUCAAAUUCAAAUUCAAAAUAAUCUUUAUUUCAUUAUUACACUUGAAAUCG